AUGUUUUUUGCUAUUACUUCUCUUGGAAUCUCCAAGAUUUUACCAUUCAAAACAUUGCACGGUCCUAGAUACUUCCCAAAACAUGGACCAUUCGUACCAUUAUUACCUGGGUACGAAAAGAUCGGACAAUACAUUCCACCUUCUUAUCGUAUAGCCGAAAAGAACGGGCCGUACUUCCAGGAAGAUGAAAAUGGCUGGUUGAAGAAGCUCGCUAAACGCAUUGGUGUCGGCGCCACGAUUGGCCUUCCAUUCCAAGAAACCGAAGAAAACGGCAUGAUGUUAGACUUAUAUAAAAGCAUCCUUAAGCAAGAAAUCUUGAAGGCUCUCUACGGUCAAGAAGCCGAAGAAAAUGGAAUAAGAUUUCCAGGACCAAGACCAACUAGACCAGAUCCAAUAUUCCCAGGACCAAUAUAUAUCCAGAAGGCCGAAAAGAAUGCAUUCAGACCAAUCCCAAUGCAUCCACCACCAUACUUCCAGGAAGAUGAAAACGGCUGGUUCAAGAAGCUCGCUAAACGCGUUGGUGUCGGCGCCGCUAUAAAGAUUCUACUCCAAGAAGCCGAAGAAAAUGGCCCAUUCGAACCAAUCCCAAUCCAUCCACCACCACACUUCCAGGAAGAUGAAAACGGCUGGCUCAAGAAGCUCGCUAAACGCGUUGGUGUCGGCGCCGCUAUGAAGAUUCUACUCCAAGAAGCUGAAGAAAACAGCAAGUGGACACGUUUUCGUGAUAGACACUUGAAGCCAGCUAUCAUUUCCAUUCUCCAGAGAAAUGAAGACGAAGACGAGAACAGCCUAUGGACAAAAAUCCGCGAUGGUGUCAUUAAACCAGCUGUCAUUAAGGCAAUAUUACUUCAGGAACAAGAAGAAAACUUUAGGCAGCAUAAAGAACCUAUUAAAGCCAAUCAAAUGGAGAUAACGCCACCAGAAAGACCAUAUCCAAUUACCCUCAAACCAGUAGCCCCAGGAAUCAUGAUUGGUAUUUAA